AUGAUCGACGUUGCAACAAAUACGCCACCAGCCACUGAGAGAAUGCUAGCUAAGUGUCGAGUUGUCCUUCGCGGUCCCUACGAAGAUGCCCUACCAGACCAGGCAACUACGAUGACUGCCACGUUGUCUCAGAUGAACGCGCCUUCUCAGGCCGAUUACCCUGGACGAAGAGGCAUCCGAGAGUACCCCAGGCAUCCGAUCGGUGGCGGUUCUCGACGCCCUUUGCUGUAA